UACUCGUGACUUCCACUGAUGGGAUUUUAGCAGAGGUUUUAGGGUCAACCUUCAAUUUAUGGUCCCAGUAAUGUACUAUUUCAGUAAAUAUACACUUAUACUGAACUAAAAGUCUGAUUUAUUGUUGGUAUUAUUAUGGUGUGUUUGUUAAUUAGAAUACAUAAAAAGGCUUGUGGUCAGUUAGUUGUAUUUAGUUGUAUUUGAGUUGUUUUGGACCUUUUUCUUAGCAGUGACCAGAAAUGCUGAACCUACUGAAGUUCUCUGAUUGGCUGGAAGUACGAGCCCUGCUCGCUGUUCAGUGGGUCUGACGUCAUGGGGGUCCAGUCUAGUAAUAUACUAGACUAGUAAUAUAAUUCUAAUCAGAAGGACCUUUAUAGCCACAAAUGGCAACACAUAACCAACAAAACCCAAAAUGGUCGUUCAUGUGCCAGAUGUUCGCAGAUGUUUCCCCGCUCGGACUCAGGGGCCUUGACUGAUCCAUCAGCUUUGUCAAGUGAUGUGAGGUGGAGGCCUGUGUACAGUCGCCACCGCGGGCGUGUGUCUGCUGUAGACGGCAGGAGCACGGAGCCCGUGCGGGUCCCGGUCCCGGUGCCGGUGCAGCUCGCCGCGGGCUGGAGCCGCCGGGGGCCCCGCGGUGCGGCGGACCCGUGUCGGUGUCCGCCGUCGAAGCGCACGGUUCGCGAGAACAGCUUAGUGUUAGCAGCUUAUCGGGACUAGCGCCUGCUGCUCCGCUCCCCCCCUCCCCCCGGGCUGGGUGUGCGUCGUCGGCGCUGCUACUGUCUCUUUAAAUUUACCCAGGAGCCCCUUAAGGAGCCCCAGGGGCCCCUAGUCCGGCUCCCCACCCUGAAGACUAGCAAGAGCCUUAAAAUACAUGACUGGAGGCCUUCAGUGAGGCGCGUCCACACAGCGCGGCCCGCAGCAGCGCCUCAUUUCGCCGUGCGAUUCCAUGAAAAGUUAACUUGGCUCCCGUGCGGGGCGCGUGCGUGCGUGCGCGCGCGCGCGUGUGUGUGUGUUGGGGGACGCACGUCGCGGGGGCUCCUCAGCGAUGGGCUCGCGGUAGAGGUGAAGCAGACACAGAUGCGUGUCGAGCGGUACCGACUGAACGCGCCGCCGCCGCCGCCGCGAACAUGUCAGCGCGGUGACAUGUUGUUUGGACCGUGACAUGUCGGCACCGCGAAGGAAGCAGCACCAGUAGCCAGCAGCGACGCAGCGGCCAGGCGGGGAUGGAAGAGGAAGGGACGGGGGGACGCGAGCCCGCGGACCUCCGGUGCGCCGAGCAGCCCGAGCUGCUCUCAUUAAUAAUAGGCGGAGAGGAGGAAGCGACGCGAGAGCACGGCGACUUGGGAGAGGAGGAAAGUCUAAUUAACGGCCAUGAUGUGGAACAAUCAGCGGCUGAGAUGGUCACACCUGUCAGCUCUCCAUGUACCAGCUACUGGAGCAUCACGGAGGGCCCCGACCACCCGCCUCUCCUCUCCCCAGCGCAGGGCCCCUCUGGACGAAAGCCCAGGGUGCAGCGGGCGUCACGGCCCGGCCUCAGCCGCAUCCCGGGUCGUGACCACCGCCGCUACUACCACGAGUACUGGCGCAGCGAGUACCUGAUGGACUUUGACCCCCAGCGACACGGGAUGAUCUGUAUGGUGUGCGGCAGCUCACUGGCCACCCUGAAACUCAGCACCAUCAAGAGGCACAUAAGGCAGAAGCACCCGGACUCCCUGCUGUGGAGCUCUGCCGACAAAGAGGUGAUUCGCUUGGGCUGGGAGAGUCACCUGAGCCUCGGAGGAGGUCAGAGGUCAUAUUGCUCCACCGCAGGACCUUCCCCCCAGGGAGAAGAGGAGCAGCUGGACUCACUGGACCAGCAUGCUGUGGCAGAACCCAAGGAUACUGUGACGCCCCAGGAGCUGUCACAACAACCCCUCAGCCCGUCUCCUUGCUCUGAGGAGGGGGAGGAUCCCCUCCCUCAGGAAGAGGAGCAGAACUUCCCCGGGCCGUUGGCUCAGACUCUGGAACGCUACCUGAACGAUUCACUGCAUGCUUGGUUCCGCCAGGAGUUCCUGAUGGAGUACGAGGCGGAGGCCGGGCGGCUGCUCUGCAUGGUGUGCGGAGGGCAGCUGCCCUCGCUUCACCUGGACCACAUCAAGAGCCAUGUGCUGGACACCCACCCAAAUUCCUUGGUCUACAGCUCAGAGGAAAAACACUGCAUCCUGCAGGCCUGGGCUCAGACUCAUGAUUCAUCACAAAACCAAUCAGAGCCCGACACCAAAGAAGGCGAGGUGGACCUCUUUGCUCAGGAUGUGGAGCCCAUCCAGAUCAACACCGAUUCGUACCCGGGAGGCGAUGGCACUUUAACUCAGGACACUUGUCUCAUCGGUGAGGACGGGGGCACUCUGCAACAAGGACUCCAGCCCCUCCGCCAGCCCAAGAAGAGACAGCUGCGCGGGGGCGACCCGUGGCGCCUGCGCCUCGACUACCUGGUGGCCUAUGGGCCUCAGGGCCGUGGCACGUUCUGCAUGGUGUGUUCUCAGGUCCUGCACGAAACCAAGGUCAGCAGCUUCCGCCGCCAUAUCCAGGAGAGUCACCCCGAGACCACAACCCUGAGCCGACAGGAAAGGGAAGCCAUGGCUGCCGCCUGGACCAAAGAUUACUCUAGUGAAGGCAUGCAGGAUGACACAGAAGUCCACCCUAGUGAAGCGAUGACUGGCGAGCUGGACGACGUGGUCCCUCCCGCCGCCACGCCCUGUAAAGCGGUGAAGAAGGAGGAGUCUGGGAAGGCCAGCAGCACGGCGCCUUCUCGUCACAGCCACUACCCCGGGAAGGACCAAAGGAGGAACUACCAGGUGCGCUGGCGGAUGGAGUACCUGAUGGACUACGACUGCCGGAGACACGGGCUCAUCUGCAUGGUGUGCGGAGCAACUCUCGCCACCCUGAAAGUGAGCACCAUCAAGAGGCACAUCCAGCAGGUGCACCCCAACUCUCUGGACUACAGCGCUGAGGAGAGGCAACAGGCCCUGCUGAGCUACAACCAGACCGCCCUGCACUUCAUCCACUCUGAUGACUGCUUCACUUCCCAGGACCACGGACACGCCGAGCUGGCUCCCACCCCGGCACACUUUGGCACUUAAAGGGCUUCCACCUGCUGCUCCUCGCAGGGCCCCUGCUCACAAACAGCCCCCCGCUUUCUGUCUUAAAGGGAAAUUGAAGUAUUCCUUAAGCGUGUUCCUGCUCCUUUGCUCUCCCUCCAUGUCCCAUUUUACUGUAUUUUGUUUUUGCCAGAUUUCCCAAAGUCCACAAUCAGGUGCUGAGUAGAAAAAAGUUCCCAACACCAGGUGUCAGAAUGUACAGGCAAACUCUGGAAUUCUCUCUUAAAUUGGAAUCCGGCUGUGGUGGCAGGUCGUAAAUGCCACACAGGAAAUGACAUAACCUGAAAAUGUCAUGGCCUAAAAAAAGGAAAAACACCUCCAGCCACUCAUAAAAAGAGCAGUAUUACCGGGGGCCUCAUGGGAUUUUGGAACAGCAUUGAACAUCUGUAUAUGCUCAUUUGCAUGCAUGUAGAUACCAAACGUGUCACUGAGCCAAGGGUUCGGUAGCUGAAAACCGAGGAUGACAGGAAAUAAUUCUGCAUUCUCUGUAGCGAGACGGCAGAGUUCAUCAUAUCAGAUCUGUGUUUUCUGAUGUGGGCAGUGCUGACCCUGAACACCUCAUGAGACCUUCAGGUAAAGAAAGACCAGAAUCAAGGAGCCACGUGUUUUUGUUUUUCUCCAACGGGAUUCGGGAGGAAUUUGCAUCAAAUGCAACUUAGCAUUCGAAGAACGUUUGCAUGGUUGACCAAAAGUAAUCUAAGCACAAGGUGUGACAUCAGUUGUCUCCACAGAAGCUUAGAGGCCCCGCUGGUGCCGCUCAUCUAUUACACGCAUCUCUCUACCCUAUAGAUCACAGCAGGCCAACUCUUUCCUGAGUCCUCACAGUCUCUUGUAUGGGACUGAAUUCAAAUACAAGUCACAUCAGUUUUAACGUCUUUCUCAGGCACUUUGUUUUCCACAAAAGCAAAAAAUUGUGACAUUUAAGAAAGAAAUAUAUUUCUCAACAUGUCCACUUGUCAUUUGUUAGUAAUUCAUACCUACACUUGGAUGUAGGUAAUAUCCUUCCCUUAGUAAAGCAAAAACACUUACAUAUUACAAAUACUGUUGCCACCCAUCACCACCCAAACACUAAAACCAUGCUUGUCCUGGCUGAAUGGGUUCUGACUUCAGCCUCCUGCAGAGAAUCUGUGAUGACUCAGGCCGUACGUGCAGCGAUGACGUCAUGAAGUUAGGAACAGUUGCUGUGUAACACUUGAAGACGUAUCUGGAGACUCUGCACCGUGACUCAGACGCCGUGGAUCGAUCGGAGCCCGGAGGCUGCAGCUGCUUGCCAGUCGUCCCACACGCAGCUCACUACUCGUAGCAUCGCUUGUGGUUGUGGUCGGGCCGAUACUGAGGAGGCCUUCAGCAUUCACUCUGACGCACUGUCCUGUUGCUUGAACAGGUAUAUGGCGCCGUGACAUAUUUAUACAUUUCCUGUCUACUUGUCGUUCAGGUCCAGGGAGGGACCGGGGCCUUGUUUCUGGUCGGCACCAGAGUCUCACGCUCUCAGGAAGUUAGAAACAGAGUCCUUAGCGAAGUCGAGUUCAGUUAUCUGUACCGUGUGUCUGAAGACAACGCAGCACUUUGUCCCUAGCGACGUACUAAAGCCCCGUUUUCCUUGUGUACAGCCAAUAGAUGGAGACUGUGUUUGACGUUAUUGCUGAAGACAAUGAAAGCCAGCGUGCAGUCACUGAGUUCAGACCACUCGGUUGUGUUUCGUUUGUUUACAGGGGAGCAGAAGGACGCCCUCCCUCUCUCGUCCAUUUUAAUGAGAUAUGUUAUCUCUCCGUCAUCCAGCGUUGUUGACACCCCGCCUGCAUUCUUUUCAAAUUUCAUCAUAGCGAAGAGCUGCACAACAAAUCUGAACUGUGUUUCCUUUAUAUGAGCACCUUUAUGCACCCUUGUUUCUAUAAAACAUCUUUGUAAUUAUCUCCAGUUUUUCUACUUGGUUCAAUAGCGAUGUUGGACUUUUGCAUUCACUUUGAAACGUUUGCUCCAGCUUUGGUACUGCGUUGUUUUUUAUUCACAGAUUAUGCAAAAAAAAAAAAAAAAAAAAAAGAAUCUGAAGAAUAAUUUAGAGAAAGAUAAGUUUGGCGUAAAGUGUCACUUCUUCACCUGGAAAACAUAACUCAGGGAUUGUGUUCUGCUCAGCAACCAUUUCACCAGGAGGCUUUCACUGGAUACAGGACUCUGGGUUGUGUAGGUGGUGCCACAAAUACAGCAACGUAUUAGGCCCCUGUCAAAAGAAUCAGUUCGAUGUUAAUCUGCUCAAUUGUUAAAGAAUGAUGUCAGAAUUAAGUUACAGUACAAAGAGCCUUUACGAUGAAUAUUUGGGUUUGUGACUAUAACAUUUUCCCACAGUGGCGCUACCACUGUGUUGCAUCCGUUACAUUUCUGAAGAACUAUGUGAUCUGACUUUUUGACAAAGUGUCACUUUGCCAUGUAGAAAAAAAUCCAACACAGCACUUAAUUAUUUAAAAUGAAGUAAGUUAUGGGUGAAGUGGAUGAAAGAGCAUUUGAUGCUUCUGCUUGUACGUCUGCGUGUGUUUAUAACAUGUAUGUGAAUGAUCUGCUUCACGUUUCUCUUCACGUUUAUCUGUACAUGGUCAACAUGUGAGAUAUGCAUUUUCCUCUCAGUGAUCUUUGAAUAAACGCUCACCGCGA